UGUCAGAGAGAGUAUGGACCUGCGGACCAGCUGUCAUCUACUACAGCUUUAAACUCUGUCGUUUCUCUGGAUUUUCUUCUGGCACUUCCUGGAUCAAUAUUUGUCACCUAAAGAAAACCUUUGUUCCUACAUCUGAAGGAAGUUGUUGUUCCAGCUCAGUGGGUCCGAACGCAAGUGGGGCUGUUAUAGAGACAACCCCUGUGUUCAUUAACUGUGUGGUGCCGUGGCUUCAUGAAUCAUUGAUAUCUCAGCUGAGACCCGGCGGUGCUGCGUUUGCAUGGAGGCUGAUCGGUGGAGACUUUCCGUCUUGUUCUGAGGUCACAGAUUGUUUUUAUAAACCAGCAUCACCUUCUGCAGGCCCAAAAAAGUGCCCCGACUCUACCACAGUGCACAGGCUUUACAUUGAAGGAGCUUGGAGCUACAGGAAAAGAGAGAGAGAAAAUAAACACAGCUUUUAAAAAGACGCUCUUCAUGAAUUCCCCAAAAACCUGAAAAGCAAAUACUGCAAGUUGGCUGGCGGUCCUGAGGAGGCAUGUGGACAAUGAGCAUGGCUUGGCUCUGUGUCCCAGCCUACACUGUCCUCCUUGUUGGUUGCUUUCAUACAGCUGUCACGGAAAGUGAUGUCACUCCACGCCUCGCCUUCUCCUACAAUGCGAAGGAGAGGACAACCAGAAGCUUUUCCGUUGCGGGAGUAUUCAACUAUACCUCCAUCCUCCUCAGUAAAGAAGACAACACGCUAUAUGUCGGCGCUCGGGAGAUUCUCUUUGCUCUCAACCUCACGGAUAUCAAUGCAGUCAAGCUACAUAGAAAUCUCACGUGGAAAACUCCAGAGAGGAAGCGAGACGAGUGCAGUUUCAAAGGCAAAGACCUGCAGACGGAUUGCUUCAACUACAUCAAGAUCUUACUACAAAUGAACAGCACUCAUCUGUACGUGUGUGGAACAUACGCCUUCAGCCCCACAUGUGCUUACAUAAACUCUGCAGACUUCUCCCUUGUCACAAGUGAUACCGGUGAGAUUGUGACAGAAGAUGGAAGAAGCCGUUGUCCAUUUAACCCUGAAUACAAGUCCACUGCCAUCAUGGCUGAUGGGGAGCUGUAUGCCGGAACAGUCAGUAAUUUCCAAGGAAAUGAACCCAUCAUUUACAAGAGUCUAAGCCAAGGAACUGCUCUGAAAACAGAAAACUCACUCAACUGGCUUCAAGACCCGGCCUUUGUUGGCUCUGCCUACAUACAGGAGAGCCUGCCCAAGGGCAACCUCGUGGGCGACGACGAUAAGAUUUACUUCUUCUUCAGUGAAGCAGGAAAGGAGUUUGAUUUCUUUGACAACACCAUUGUGUCACGCAUCGCUCGCGUGUGUAAGGGCGACAUGGGAGGCGAGAGGGUUCUGCAGAAGAAAUGGACGACCUUCCUGAAGGCUCAGCUGCUCUGCUCUCUGCCUGAUGAUGGGUUCCCCUUCAACAUAAUCCAAGACAUGUUUGUGCUGACACCCAGCCCCGACGACUGGAAGAACACUGUGUUUUAUGGAGUCUUCACCUCUCAGUGGUAUAAAGGUGCUUCAGGAAGCUCUGCAGUGUGUGCCUUCACUAUGGACCAGGUGGAUAAGGCUUUCAACGGGCGAUACCGCGAAGUCAACCGAGAGACUCAACAGUGGUACACUUACAAUCAUCCAGUCCCUGAGCCUCGGCCUGGAGUGUGUAUUACAAAUGCUGCCAGAGAACAGGGCAUCUCGUCGUCGCUGCACAUGCCAGACAAGGUGCUGAAUUUUGUCAAAGAUCAUUUCCUGAUGGACAGCGUGAUCCGAAGUCAGCCUCUCCUGCUGAAACGUAACGUUCGCUACACGCAGAUCGCUGUCCAUCGAGUCCAGGCAGCCAAAAAGGCAUAUAAUGUGCUCUUCAUUGGCACAGAUGAUGGGAGGAUUCACAAAGCCAUUAAUGUCAAAAACAAGAUGCACAUCAUUGAGGAGAUGACGCUCUUCCUUGAUUCCCAACCAGUGCAACACAUAGAGCUGGACACUGAAAAGGGUCAGCUUUAUGUUUCUUCUUUCUCUGAACUGGUGGAGGUCCCAGUAGCUAACUGCACUAAUUAUCAGAGUUGUGGGGAGUGCAUCCUCUCCAGGGAUCCUUACUGUGCCUGGAACGGGAAGCAGUGUGUAGAUGUUAGACAGGCUCCACCAAGCAGUGCCUGGCAGCAGGAUGUAGACGAUGCAGAUACAUCAGCUAUUUGCGACAAGGCAUCGCCAAGCCCAAGGUUUGCUAAACCUCCACCUUCAAAAAUGUCUUCAUGCCAGGUGAUCAUUAUCCCAGCCAACACGUUCAAAGUACUCCCUUGCAAGCUGCGCUCUAAUUUGGCUGAAAGGAAGUGGGAGUUCAGUGAGGGCUCAGGUCACUUCCAUUACCCCAGCCCAGAGGGGGGGCUGGUAGUGGUAGCUCAGGCUGACAAGCAGGAAACCUACGAGUGCUGGUCAGUGGAGGAAGGCUUCAGACAGCUGCUGGCAAACUACUGUGUGAGGGGCGAGGCCAAGCUGGAGAGCACCACCCUGAGAGGCCACUCACGUACGCCCCAGGUCUCACAGGAGGAGUUUAUCAUCCUGCCAGGACAGGCCCGCUCCCCGCAGAUCAACACCAAGACCUACUGGAAUGAGUUGAUAGUAGUGUGUGCCCUCCUGGCCUUCUCCCUGGUGGUCUUCUCUCUGUUUGUCGUCUACAGGAACCGCGACCACAUGAAGUCCAUACUCAAGGAGGGAGAGUGCCCUAACUUGCAGCAGAAGAAGCCCAGGAUAGUGGGGAAACCGGCGGAGAACUUGCCGCUAAACGGAAACGCAGUCACACCGUCAGCGUCAGAUCACAAGGGCUACCAGACCCUCAAUGACAACUACAUCUGCGGCACUCCUCCGCACGAGUGCUCGUCGCCCGACAACAGCAAGAGCUUCUCAGAGUCCGAGAAGAGGCUUCUGAACUUGAAAGAAAGCCGAGUAGAGAUUUCUCCAACUUGCCCACGACCACGAGUCAGACUGGGCUCUGAGAUUAAAGACUCUAUAGUGUGAGGCGGGCUUCAUGAUGUGCGGAGAGACUCAUUUUAAACCUUAAGGAAAAGAGUGCACUUGCUGAGAGAGACACAACCCUGUACGAGGGAAAACUGAGGUUCAUCGGACUCUUCGUGGAGAGACUUUUCAUUACACAGAUUUUGCACUUUUCUUUUUCGUUCUGUCCCUGUGGUCCACGUUCAUUUGAUUUUCCUGUCACUCCCCCUAUUGAAGUGCAUUUGAAGCACACUGAAGAAGUACUAUUUUUGCCUUUAGGAUUUUGACGCUUUCACAAACAGCUCACAGGAAUGUAAUAAGCAUGGGGGAGGCGUCACAAGUAUAAUUCAGAUUAGAUUUCAUAGCAUCGCCACAGUCCGUCCAGAUUAUCUACCGGUAAUGCUUUGAAGGUACAGAGAUAUUCAGAAAUGUUCCCACUAACAAACAGCUAACAGUUUUUGCUGUUAUAUUUUCAUUCUCAUUUGGUAAAAGCCUACCCUUUGCAGAGGCUAUGCACUAUGUACUGUACCGUAGCAAGGUAAACACACACCAGAGUAUACACCAACUAUACAGUAGCAGGCAAGAAAAAAAGAUAAAGAAGUCAGUGUGCAUUCACAGAAGUAUACUCCUUGUUUAAGGCUUGAAUAUAACAGAAAGUGAGAAAACAUUAAAAGAGAGUUGUACUAAUAGACUGAAAAGUUUGAUAAAAAAAGCACCCAUUUUAUAUGAAACUGAAAGAAAACACAAACAAGGAAUCACCUCAUAGAAAUAUUGUAGAAACUCUUACCACCUCAAUCACUUCACACCAAAAACAUUAAUAUUAUAUAGUCAUAAAUAAAGACACAUUAUGCUCUUAUUGUAAAGUAUUGUAUUAUUAGUGGAUACAAAUAUUUCUCUGUGGAAGCUUGACUUUCAGCAGGGGGUUCUUUCACCAAAUGUGAAAAAGGGAAAAAUCUCAUUCCAGGUAUUUUCAUGCUGUUCAUGAGAUAGGCAGUCUAUGCAAACGAAAUAAUGUGAAGUGAGGGAAACACCAAGAACACCUCACCUCGACACUGAGUAAGCACAAAGGUGUUGCCGCUGUUCAUUACUUUAGGAUCAGUGGCACUGCAAACACACACACCCACCCAGGCACACACUCACAUCAUCACACUAAAUCUGAGUAUGCAAGAGAUUUUAGCCAUUUUUGUGUAUUUUAGUGCGGAAGAUUGGUCAAAUGUUUUUUAUUAGAGAAAGAGAGAACAUGUUCAUAGACAUUCUGUAAUAUUACAAAUAUCUAUCGCUAUUCCUAAAGGGAAAUAAUAAAGCAUAUUUAAAUAUCACAACUAUUCAUAAUCUGAUUUAAAUAACACACAUCUGUAUAGCCUCAAAUUGAUACACAUAUUCAUUUAUGGAAGUUAAUGAAUGGAAAAAAUCUCCCUCUGCUUGCUUAAAUGGUUUGAAAGACAAACAUAAAAGUAAUAAUUUUCAUUUUCACCUAGUAGAAUUGUACUUUUUAAUUAUCUUGAUUAGCCAUUUUCUUAAUCCAAAAUAAUGAAUUAUAAUCCAUAUGAUCCACCAAAUUUGUGAGCUAGAUGUCGGAAAAACUUGAAAGCAUUUUUAUACAAUAUGAUACUUGACUUUGGCUCAAGUGUUGUAAUGCGGGCAGCAAAAUUAAAAUUCCACAAAAUGCAGGAAGGCAUACUGCUCGAGUCAAAAUGCAGAGGAUUUGCACAUGAUGUUGAAAAGCCUUAGUACAAUGCAGGUUAUGGAUUUGAUAAUAAAUCUGAAACGAAUAAUGCCUUCUGAGACAAUAAUCAAGAGACGUGCCUCUUGGGAUGAUAAACUAACCAGGUAGUAGUGCUGUGAGUCAAAUGCUACACUGUAGGUGUGACAGGACUGGCCAUGAU